CGCAUGCGCAGUAGGUGUAGUUGAAAAACAAGGGGCUGUCGGCUUGUUAUUAUUUUUUUGCUCAACAUUAGGGUUUGAGCGUCACGCUGAAUUGCCCUUCGUAAACCGACGUAAAGCUCAGCUUUCGGGUUUUACUGACAAACGCAGCGGCUACUAUGGGUGCCGCUUCGAGCACCGAGGCAGAAAGGGAACCGCUUCUUGUUCCUGCGCCCAUUGGGACGACUAACAGCCAGCCAGUCAACAGUCGGGUGUAUGGCAGAAGAUGGCUGGUUCUGACCCAGUUUUCCUUGCUGGCUCUAAUGCAGGGGAUGGUUUGGAACUUCUGGGGCCCCAUUCAAAACUCGGCUAUUAAAGCUUACGGCUUCACCAAGUCUGACAUUGCAGUUCUGGUGCUGUGGGGCCCGGUGGGUUUCUUCCCAUGGUUGCUGUUUAUGUGGCUAAUGGACAAAAGGGGCUUACGGGCUUCCCUCCUGCUCUCUGCCUUCUUCAUGCUGCUAGGAUCAGUCAUGCGAAGCAUCCCGCUGACCGACCUGCACCUCAGACGAUGGUUAAUACACGGAGGCCAGUUUCUAAACGGUUUGGCCGGGCCGACUAUAAUGAGUGCCGGACCCUUCCUCUCCACCACAUGGUUCGCCCCUGAUCAGAGAGCAACGGCCACCGCUGUGGCCUCACUAUUCUCCUACCUAGGAGGCGCCGCUUCCUUCAUCGUGGGACCUCUCAUCGUUCCGGCUCCCAAUGAAUCCCAGACGAGCACCACGACUGCAGCGCCGCUGUCCUUCACAUUCAUCCGAAGCAGGAUACAGAUGGUGCUGUAUGCAGAACUGGCAGUCAUCGCGGCGCUUUUUGCGACCGUCCUGAUCUACUUCCCAUCGCGCCCGCCAAUGCCCCCCAGCGUGGCCGCGGCAAGCCAGAGACUCAGUUACAGGAGCAGCAUCUGCAGACUCCUCAGCAACUUCCGGUUCCUGAUGAUUGCAUUGGCAUAUGCAGUCCCUACAGGAGUGAUCGCUGGCUGGUCUGGGGUCCUGGACAUGGUUCUUACACCAGCCAACGUCAGCCAGGUGGAUGCAGGCUGGAUAGGUUUUUGGUCUAUUGUCGGCGGAUGUGUGGUUGGAGUAGCAAUGGCCAGAUUUGCAGACUCCAUCCGUGGGAUGCUGAAGCUGAUCCUGGUGCUGAUGCUGGCCGGAGCCUCGCUGUCCUCCACGUGGUUUACUCUCACCUGUUUGAGCACAAUCACCCACCUCCCUGUCACCGCAGCCAUCCUUUACACGUCCUGCAUCCUGGUUGGCGUAUUCAUCAACAGCAGUGUGCCGAUAUUCUUCGAGCUGUUCAUUGAGACGGUGUACCCGGUCCCUGAAGGCAUCACCUGUGGAGUCGUCACAUUCCUAGGGAACUUGGCUGCUGGUCUUCUGCUCUUCUUCCUCACCUUUUACCCCACAAAUUUGUCGUGGCUGAACUGGUGCGUAACCGGCUCGUGCCUCUUCAGCCUCGUCACCGUCCUCUUCUUCAGGGAGUCCUACGACCGUCUCUACCUGGACGUCUUUGUCUCCGUGUGACACUGAUUAAGAAAAGGUCGAGGCCACUUAAAUACCCGCUCUUGCACAGUGAAGAGGACUAAAGGGACAUGAAGAGCAAGUUGGGAAGCUUAUGCUCUUUGUAAGCUGUAUUGUUUUUGGACAUGAAUGUGUAUAUAUGUGGUGAGGGUGAUAUCUGAGCAUAGGGAACCAUCUCUGUUUACACCUUAGAAGUAGUUAACUCGAGGUUCUAUGAUGGUUGACCUGUUUUUAAUGGUUCCUCUGUUUGUACGUCAGUUAAAAUCCUGUGAAAGAUUUCUCCCUCUGAGGUAGACCCGCAUAGAUGAACCGUUUGCUGUUUACAUGUAGUUUAAUAUAGAAAGGCACUUCCCUGGAAGCUUCCACGUGUCUCAUCUCUAAAGUAACCGGACUCUGCUUCAAGUUUACCAAAGGGACGUCAAACUGAAACCAAUUUUAACACAAAGCACCUGUCCUUCACAAAGAGGUAAGGGACAAUGAUGGACUAGUUUCCUCAGCCAAUGAGCUGGCCCAGCUGUCUGGAGCUAUCAACUUUGACGGCCCGUCUGGCCCUACAGCGUUAAGCAACCUGUGAUAUCGCCUGUCACUAAAAGGCAGCCUCUUGCAUUGUGUUUUAUCACCCUAUUAAAAUUAAUAUUAUGCAAAAAAAGAUCCAUCAGAUAAGGACUGGAUGCCAGCCAAAGACGUGAACUGUGACCGGACACACCUGCGCUUUCAGUUGGAUGAAAUCUUGGUGGUUUUAUUCAGCACCAUUUAGGACUAAUUAUCUGUGAAAUUUCAUUUUAAUUGAACAUUAAUUUUUUUUGUACAGUUUUUUGUUUUAUUAUUCACAUUUGUUGCUAAAGCGGUGUUCUGGUAUUUAUUGAAAAUAAGAUGCUUCGACACUAACAAGCUAACAACCACAAACAAGACAUUUGAUGUUAGAUUUUUUUUUUUAUAUAUAUAUACUAACGUGUGAACAUUUGGUUCCAUCCUCCUCUUUCAAAGCACCAGCAGCUUCCUUUGCAACAACUAAUAGGUUCAUAGAAAAAGGAGGCAAAGCAGAUUUUCUUAUGGACUUCUAACAAAAAGCAUCUCCGGAUCAAUAAAGCAGAUCUCCACUGCAGAGGAAAUGAGAAGUUAUAGUUUGGGUUUUUCUCCAGUAGCUACAGGAAGCAUUAUUUUUAUGUUUUCCCUCUGGAGAUAAAGAGAGGCGUGUAAUUUAUCCCUGGUGCUGUUUUUUUUUUCCUCUCUCGUCUUGUAAAGAAAAGGUUCUCUUUUACCCACAAAUGUGUUGCCUUAACAACCCAGUACCCCCCUCCCCAUCCCAUCGUCCACGCUGUGAAUAUUUUAUCUCUGGACUACGUCAGCGGUCAUCUUCCGCUUCUGUUACUACACCUAAGUUACACUGUGGAGUGUCCUGGGUUUCCUUAUCACUUUGAGUUUUGUGGGAUAAAACAAACUGCUUUCACAAAUGUCUGGCACCUUAAUAAAAGGAUCCUUUUACAAAAUAGA